CCUACACCGUUGGAGCGUUGCGUGGGCUAUGAGUUCUUCUCUGUGCACAUACUUUGCAACUUUGUGAAAUAGUGCAGCCACGCGUUGACUUUGCUCACAACUAACACAGCGUUGCAGCCAGCCCAUGUGGAAAACAUUGGGCGCAUGAGGCAUGUUAUUGUAAAAGGCUAGCUAGCACAUCUAUGGGUCUACUGAAUCUUGCUAAAUUCUAGUGUAUCCUGAGACAAUUUACAAUUCGUUUCAUAUGCUAAGGUAUAAACGAUAAACAUGGACAAAGUCGGUAUACACUCUAGAAAGGGGAGAGAGACGACGAAGAGAGUCUCUGAACCAGAGCCUGACUACGAGGAAGAAGUAUUAAAAAGACACAAAAACGCCCAAGCAGUGACUGUUUUAGGCGAAGAAGAUGCAUCUGUAAAACUUCUUGAAUAUCUUGUUUUUGGUGCUGAAGAUGAUCUUGUGGAAAGGCUCGUGGAGGACAGGGAGGAUGGUGGUGCCACACUUCUGGCUGAUGACGAUUCCAGCGAAUCCGAUGUAGAGAAUGAAGCACGGCUGACAGUUCAGACAACCAGGACAGCAGUGUGGGAGGAUGAUGAUGAUGAUCUGGAGGAAGAAGUGGACAUGACACACCGGUUCCGUAGAGACCUGACCAAGAGUGACGCAGAGGCCAAGAUGUCCAAACAGAAGUUACAGCAGAGGAUGAAAGAACAGUUCCAAAAAGCAAUGGGUGGAAUGCCGUCCUGGGCAGAGUCAAAAGUCAGGAAAAAUAAUAAGAAAAAAGAUGACUCUGAUGAUGAAGAUGAGGAUGGAGAUGACCUGAUGAGGAAGACGGGCAACUUUGUUGGCUCAUCUGACAGUCUUCCCAAAGGAAUCAUACGGAUGAAGAAGUGCCUACACGCCAACAACGACCGGCCGUCUGAGGACCGGCUGACCACGGUGCAGUUCCACCCCUCCGCCCAGGUUGUCAUGACAGCAGGGCUCGACCAGUCCAUCUCUCUGUUCCAGGUUGAUGGGAAGACCAACGCUAAGAUUCAGAGUAUUCACCUGGAGAAGUUCCCGGUGCACAAGGCCCAGUUCAGCGUGGACGGGGAGCAGGUGGUGGCCACCAGUUUCAGGAACAAGCUGUUUUACAUCUACGACAUGAUGGAGGGCAAGGUCAUCCCAGUCCACACUGUCAGAGGUCUGAGGGAACAGAGAGUGAAAGAGUUUGAAGUAUCCCCUGAUGGAGAAUCCCUCCUUCUCACUGGCACCUCCGGAUACCUCCACGUGUUAACAAUGAAGACAAAGGAGGUAGUGAACAGCAUGAAGAUCAACGGAAACAUCGCAGGAGUGGCUUUCUCCCAUGACGGCAGCAAAGUCUUCACCAAUUCUGAGGAGGGUGAGGUGUAUAUAUGGGACAUGAGGAGCAGUAAAUGCCUGAACAGGUUCACAGAUGAUGGCUGUGUGAGUGGGACCUCCAUAGCUGCAUCCAAGAACGGACAGUAUCUGGCCUGCGGGUCAGCGGCAGGUGUGGUGAACGUGUACUCCCAGGAGGAGUGUAUGCGGCAGAACAACCCAAAGCCUCUGAAGGCCAUCAUGAACCUGGUGACCUCCGCCACCUCUCUCCGCUUCAACCCCACCUCCGAGAUCCUGGCCAUCGCCUCCAGAGCUGACGACGAGGCUGCCCGAUUGGUUCAUAUCCCCAGCUUCACAGUGUUCUCCAACUUCCCCAUGUUCCAGAGGAAAACCAUAUACAGAGCCCAGCGCCUGGACUUCUCCCCAAACAGCGGCUUCUUCUCCAUGGCCAACAACAAGGGCCAUGCCCCUCUCUUCAGGUUGUUGCAUUACAAAAACUUUUGAUGAAGAGCAUCCCAAGCAGGCUCGUAAUCAACAUCAAGACACCAAGCUCCCUCAAUACAACUACCAUUGUCUUCAAGAAGAUAUUUUACAAUGAAAAGGACUUGAAUUGAGAUAUCGGUUAUGCUUAUUACAUCUAUGAAAGUGUCACAGCAAGAUACCAUGUCUUCGUCAUCCUGUUUUUUUCCCCCCUUCAAAUGUGUGUAAUUACAUUUUUUUUAAGUGUUCUGUUUUCAAAAUGCACAUCCUGUAUAUUUCUUUCUGUCUACUUUAGAGUUUUACAAAUGUUUGUCUAAUGGAUAAAAUAAAACUUAAUUUCCUUGAUA